CCUUGACUAUCUGACAGCUCCAGCGAGAAGGAAACACACCCGUCAGCAGCGCGCAUUGGAGUCCAAAAGGGGGAAAAAAAGCGCAUCACGGACAAAGGAAAUAUGGGAGCGCUGAGGAGGAUUUGCCACAGCCGAGUAACGGAAUGGAUGAGCCGCCCCUCUUUCGUUUGGGAAACCAAUUAGCCCACCUUAAUGAGGUGCUGGGAUGCGAGAUACUGCAAGCUAAAAAGGCGGAAGGCUGCAUUUUAAUCCGUCUGCGGAUCCAGUGAGCUUGCAAUGGCUGUGGCGGGGAUAUGCAACUGGCUAGGGAGUAACGUGCCUUUUUAUUUUCUGCUGUUUUUCUUAUUUUGUGGCCUUUCCUUUGGACAGUUGCGAUAUUCGAUUACAGAAGAACUAGAAAGAGGGGCAUUGGUCGGUGAUUUGGCGCAUGAUCUGAGGCUGGAUAUUCAAAAGCUCUCCUCCCGAAAAAUCAAGGUAACCUCCAAUAACGGCAAAGCCUAUGUGACUGUCAGUACCAAAAAUGGGAAAUUACUUGUCAAUGAAAGGAUUGACAGAGAGGCAUUAUGUGAUCUGUCCAGCACAUGUCUUAUGAAUCUGGAGGUUCAGCUUCAAAACCCCACUGAGGUGCACCAUGUUGAGAUGGAGAUUGUGGAUGCAAAUGACAAUGAACCACAGUUCCCUAGAGAUGAAUAUCAACUGGAAAUUACAGAGUCAGCUUUACCGGGGUCUCGUUACUCCAUUGAAAACGCUCAAGACCCAGAUGUUGGCUCCAAUUCUGUCCGUAUUUAUCAGCUCAGCACAAACGACCAUUUCGCACUGGUGUCUAACAAACCAGCCCUCAACACAAAGCACAUUGAGCUUGUGCUCAAAAAGCCCCUUGAUCGUGAGCAGACGCCUUAUCACCAGUUGAUUUUAAGUGCUGUGGAUGGUGGAACGCCGGAGAAAACAGGAACAGCUAGAAUCAAUGUGCGGGUGCUGGACUCAAAUGACAAUGUUCCAGUGUUUGACAACUCUGUGUACAAGGUGAAACUGCUGGAAAACUCACCCAAAGACACCCUGGUGAUUAGACUUAAUGCAACCGACUUUGAUGAGGGCACAAACGGAGAAGUUUACUACUCUUUUAGCAGCUAUACUCCAGAAAGAGUUCGCCAGAUGUUCAGUAUGGACACCAACAAAGGUGAAAUAAGAGUGAGGAGCAAUGUCGACUACGAAGAGACCCACUCCUAUGAGAUGUAUAUCCAGGCAAUGGAUAAGGGCCCAGGGGCUGUGGCAGCACACUGCAAAGUGGUGGUAGAGGUGGUAGAUGUCAAUGACAAUGUCCCUCAGAUAGUGCUGUCAUCUCUGUCGAGCCCUGUAAGAGAAGAUGCUCGCGCAGACACAGUUGUUGCCCUCAUUAGUGUUACAGAUCGAGACUCUGGGGCCAACAAGCAGGUGAGCUUAGAGAUCCCAGCCGGCCUUCCAUUCAAGAUCAAAUCUUUCAGAAAUUACUACACCCUUGUUACCUCAGCGUUCCUGGACCGCGAGACCAUUGAUGCCUACAACGUCACUCUGAGUGCCACAGAUGGAGGACACCCUCCCCUCUCUUCCCAAAAGACCAUACAGGUGGAUGUGGCUGAUGUUAACGACAACCCACCUCGCUUUGAGCAGACCUCAUAUACAGUGUAUGUGGGUGAGAACAAUGCUCCUGGAGCUCCGCUGUGUACCGUGAAAGCUCAAGAUGCAGACAUAAAAGAGAAUGCACGGAUCACCUACACAGUGCUCAAUGACAACAACCACGGGAUUCCUGUCACCUCUUAUGUGUCUGUGAAGGCCGAUACAGGAGAGGCGUAUGCCCUACGAGCCUUUGACUAUGAAUCACUGAGAGAGUUUCAUUUCCAGGUCAAAGCCCAGGAUGGGGGCAUUCCUCCACUCAGCCGAGUCGCCACCAUCUACAUUUACAUAAUGGAUCAGAAUGACCAUGCUCCACUGAUAGUUAAUCCUCCUGGCAACGGGACACGCUCCCUGGAGACAGUUCAGAAGAACGCUGACCCUGGUGUCUUGGUGACCAAAGUGGUGGCGUAUGAUGCAGACGCUGGUCCAAAUGCCUGGCUGGUGUAUGUUCUGGAGACAGCCACUGACCUGGACUUGUUUAAAGUACACGAACACACCGGGGAAAUCAGGACCACUCGGAGGAUCAUGGAGGACAACUCCACUUCCUUCUCUCUGACUGUUCUUGUGAAGGAUCACGGCCAGCCUCCUCUUUCUUCCACUGCAACCAUUAAUGUAGCAGUCAUGGAGGUUCCCCCAAAGGUGGUUUCCGACCCCAAGAAGGUCGCCCGUCCUACCAGCAUGCUGCUUUUUUCUGAUGUGACUCUUUAUUUAAUUGUGGCUCUGAGUGCCACAACCUUUGUUUUCCUGGUCACUGUCGUUGUGCUGGCCAUCGUCCGUUGUCACGCCUACUGCACCCAGCCUGGCUCCUGCUCCCCUUGCUGUGUGUCACAGAAACCUCCUCCAGAUGGUGGGAGUGCCAGCAUAAGUGCGGGAGGCAGCGGUGGAGCCCCAGGACAGCCUAAUAACAACGUGGUGCUUCGGAGAGAUCUCAAAGUGGAGCCUCAUUACAUCGAAGUGCGCGGAAAUGGCUCUCUGACCAAGACAUACUGCUACAAGACCUGCCUGACAGCCACCUCUGGCAGCGACACGUUCAUGUUCUACAACACUGGACGACCUAUCAGUGGCACCUGGGGAAGCGGAGCUGACCGCUUCUUCACCAGUGGAAGUGGAUUUGUGCGAAGACUGAGCAUGCCUGAUGCCUCAUUGCAAAUCUGCCCAGAGCCAAAAGCCCCAAAUGCUGACUGGCGAUAUUCUGCAUCCUUGAGGGCCGGAGUGCAGAGUUCUGUUCACAUGGAGGAGGCCUCUGUGAUGCAGGGAGCCCAGGGAAUGCUGGUCCAGAACUGGCCCACUGUGUCUAGUGCUGCAGAUGGAGAGGGUGGUGGAGAGCUAUCCCCCCCAGUGGGUGCUGGAGUCAACAGCAACAGUUGGCACUUCAGAUACGGUGCUGGACAAAGUUAUGGCCCUCCUCAGCCUCUCAAACCUGGAGAGAUUCCCCCUGAAGCCUUCAUCAUCCCCGGAUCUCCAGCCAUCAUUUCUAUUCGCCAUGACCCGGGCCCUGUGGACGACAAAGGUGACUUCAUUAGCUUCGGCAAGAAGGAGGACGCCAAGAAGAAGAAAAAGAAGAAGAAGGACAAGAAGGACAAAAAGGAGAAAGGAAAGGAUGAUGGGGAUGACUAGAGAAGGGAGCAUGAGAGCAGAGCUACAGACAGACUGCAAUUCCAAUUUCAGAGCCAGAAAAUAAAGCCAAACAUAUACUUUCAAACUACAGGAGUCCCUUGCAACGUAUGUAGUCACUGUAACAAGUGACAAAGUUUUUAUUUAACCAGGCCUGCCUCUUACAACAAUCAAAAUACACCUUUUUAAUUAAAACAAAAACAAAAUUUUUGAGUUUAGAUUAGCCUUUCUGUAAUUUAGCAACCCCCGCAAACCCCAUGUCCCUGUACAGUGACAAAAAAAGUGUCCAAAUGGGCGUGCACUUUGUACUCGACCAUUGUCCGCUGAAGCUGCAAGUGCCGACAUCUCUGGCAUCCUUUCUAUUUCACCAAGUUUAGCAAGUAAAAACUGAAACAAAACAACAACAAAAAAAGAAAAGAAAGAAAUAUAACAACCGAAAAGGUGCUUUUGACCUUAGUAUUCUGGGGGACACGUCAGCAAUGUGCUGUUUUGUAUUAAUAAAGAAAAAAGUAUGAAUUAGUUCAACAUGCAUACCAAAAGACAAGCAGCUUUGUCAGUGACAGUGAAAAUCUGGACCACACUCAAAUGAACAGCUCUGGUAAGGUGUAACAUAGCACACAUAAGAGGCAGAGGACCCACACUUCACCAACUGUGUGCAAGGUCGUUCCAAGGUUUGUACAGUUAGAAGCUUUGUGACUUCAAGAUCAUUUGUAAUUAGCAAAGAAAGUUUGUACAGCGGAUUCUACGCGAGGGGGAAGUGUUAGGUUUGGUCUGCGAGAAUUUGAGAUAAGUGACUAAUCAGCAAUAACAAGCUGCUGCUGAUGGGUGAGGUUGCAGGACAUAAGAGUUUCUAAGUGAUUACUCAAGCUUAAAAUACUGAUAGCUAAAUCAAAUUCAGAUUUGUUUUAGAAGAAUGACUACAGGUUUUUUGUUGUUUUUGUCCAUUUUUUACCAGCAAUUAAUGGGUGGCAAUUUUAUAUCAAACCGCAUGGAAAAAUAUUCAAUUUAUUGAGUGUUGCUUGAUCUAUAACCUAUUGUAUCAUUUUUGAUUUCUGAGACCCCUAUCUCAUUAGCUUGAUCAAAAUUUUCCCUAAAAAAAAAAAAAACAUAUAUAUAACUUGGUUCAUGUUUUCUGCCAUGUAUUUCGUCAUCAAUCCACUAGGGGCAGUAGAAGGAUUUUUCCUGCUCAUUUCAAAUUGGCUGCUUUCAUGAAAUCUUAAAAACACUUUAGGUGAGAGAAGUCUUGCAAAUUUUUUAAAACAUCAUGGUGCAAAUAAUUCAGCAGUUGUUUCUUUAUAAUACAGCUACACCAUGUUUUAGUCACAUUGAUAUUUUUUUCACAGAUCUCCUUCAGAUUUCUUAAUUAAUUUUGACUUUUUUUUGUUUUAAAAACCUAAAAGAAGGAUUAUAUUUUACAUAACAAAGUGCCAACUAGAGAGUAUUAUUUUGCAUGUGGAAAAUGGACAAAAACGAGAGAAAAAAAAACAAUUAAAAUGUUGCAUAAACGGCAUGAAUUUGUAUAAUAACACCCUUUGUGCAAGAGAAGAAAAACUCCUGCUUUGCCAAAAAGUGAGUACAGUUCUGUGGCUUUGUAUCAUUUGCACCUGCUUUAUUGCUUGCUUAAUUAUAUAGUUGUAACAUAAGGUUAUAUUCUAACAGAUUUAUGUGAUGGUAUCGCUUGUAUUUUAGCGUGAAUUGGAGUUAGUGGUUUUUUGCGGAUAGAACUGGGGAACGAAUCAAAAUGCAGCUGAUGCGACUGGCCUCGGACCCUGCCUCAUGAAACAUGCCACAAGGACGAAGGGUUUUCUGGUUUUUAACCGUGCUGUGUGUCUGACACACACAUAACGGUCAACAAACGCCAAUUCCCUCUGCCUCUUGCUAACAAACUCAAACUGAAAGUGGAAACACAGCCCUGUAUGUGAAAGCUCCUUGAAGGAAGGCCAUCCUCGACCCAGGAGUGUAUUAAAUGGUUGUGGAGCGAUGCUCCUUGCUUCAUUUCUGUUCCAGCUUGAUCCCCCCCCCACUUCUGUCUUUGAAUGUUAAGUGGUUGUUCUUCAAGCCCUGCACCGCUGCCUCCACUGCUUCAGCGCUUGUAGGAUUUGCUUGCCCACCUCCUCUUUCCUCAAGUCAGCGACGUCUUUCAAGUCAGUCCACUCCAGUGAACUGUGCUGUUCCAGCAUCUAUGUACAGGAUAUUCAUGUAUUCCACACUCAAAGGCAGACGCCACACGCACAACAUACACAAAUACAUCUUUUGUUAGGUUUAACUGAGCUUAGAUGUUUCUGUUAGUGUUGUUUCUUUUUGCUGGAGUUGUACUCUUGACAGCAUGAGGAUGCCUGACAGCAACUAAGAUUAAGAUUUACGACACAUGACUUGUUCGAAUGCAGUGGUUACAUUUAAGAGGGAGUAUUACACUUAAAUCAGGGUGAACUUGCUCAAUGUGCAUUCGUAAGAGGUGACAAAAAGGCAAACCUGACAAAGACUUACAUUUUCAGCUUUAUUGCUGCAUGUAUGUUUCAAAAGGUGGAGAAUGGCUGUUUUGACAAAGUUGUAACCUAUAUGUGAAAUAUGGCUGAUCUUGUGAUCUAAAGGAGUAGUUCAAGUGGAACAAAUUCAGCUCAGAGAAUCGUCUCAUAAAAUGUAUUAUUUUUGUUUUAAGCAUUGUAUUACCAAUCACCAGUGGGGUGGGCAGGUGAUGCCCCCCAGCUCAACCCCAUCUGUGUGCAUACCCCCUCCCCCCAUCCCUUCUCUGCCGGUGUAUUUCUGUGCUGUCAGAUUACCAAGUGACUGUUUGCAUGUUAAAAGCAAAAGGAAAACAAAUUCAAUCUAUAUUAAAAAAUAUAUACUGUAAACAAAAAUACUGAACACACACCGAGAUCCUCCCUCAUCCAUAAAUACACACAUGCAGAUACUGCGAACAACAAAUAGUGGAAAAACCUUAAAGCAACACGUUUUGUAAACUGUUCAAAAUGACUUUAAUAUUCUAGAUAUACAUAAUGCUAUUAUUGUGUUAUGCUAUGAAAUGCCUUUUUUUCUGUUUUUACCUGUUUGAUUUUCACAGAUGAGGAAAAUCAAUCCUUAAAACUUGUAUUGAGCUUUGGAAGCGAUCGAUCAAACACUAUUGUGGAAUCAUUUACUCACCCUUUAUGUCCGUUUGUUGGCCAGUAGAGAAAAAGGAAGAAAAACUACAAAUAAAAAACAAAAAAAAGCUUCAUAAAAUGGUACAAAAAAUAAAAAAAGAAAUCAAUGUAUUCUCUUGUGUAUGGUGAAUGUCGCUGGGUGCGGCGGCAGCUUCAGGCUCAUGCCAGUUGACUGUUGUUGUGCAGAUCUGUUCAUAACUUUUUUGUACACCUGCUUAUCAUUGUUGAGGUGAUAGUAGUGAUUCCUAUGAUUUCAUCUAUCUGGUAAUGUGUUUUGUUAAGAAAUCACAAAUAAAGUUUUCUUUUCUUAAAUA